GUCCUUGUAGAUCUUCCAUUGAAUCAUAUUAAAAAUCAAUCCAUGGCUGUUACAGAUUCUUUAAUAAGGCUUCCAGAAUUUAAAAAAAGCAAAUCAAUCAGUAUUUAUUUGUCAAUGGUUCAUGGAGAAAUAUCUACAGAUGAAAUAAUAAAACAUUCUCAUCAAAUGGGAAAAAAAAUAUAUGUUCCUUUUAUAGAUGGUUCAGAAAUGUUUAUGUUUUAUCUCCAUCCAACAGAAGAUCCUUCUUUAUUUGUUAAAAAUAAAUGGGGUAUUCCUCAACCAAGUAAAAAUACUGCAAAUGGUAUAUUAAGAGAAGAAGCUAUGGAUAAAAAUGGGCUAGAUUUAAUUAUCAUUCCCGGCAUAGCAUUCGAUAGAAAUUUAAAUAGAUUAGGCCAUGGAAAAGGAUAUUAUGAUAAAUAUCUUGCUAAAAUAAAUCAUUGGUCUGAAAAAAAUAACCGAAAUACUCCAUUAAAAAUAGGUCUCGCUUUAAACGAACAACUUGUAGAUACUGUACCCAUAAACUCUUUAGAUAUAAAACUUGAUAUUUUAUUACUUCAAAACCAAAUUAUAAGAUAAAAUAUAUCUCUUUUUUUAUAUUUAACAAAAUUUUAUAUUUGAAGC